AUGGCACCCAAGGGCAAGGGCGACCAGCCCAAGGCGAAGAAGGUCGUUGUGGACAAGACCUUUGGUAUGAAGAACAAGAAGGGAGGAGCCGCCCAGAAACAGAUUGCGCAACUCAAAGCCACGCAAGCAUCUGGAGGUACACCGGAUGAGAAGCGCAAGGCGGCGGAGAAGGCACAGCGCGAGAAGGAAAAGGCCGCGGCCGAGGCGGCGCGCAAAGAAACCGCUGAGCUCUUUAAGCCAGUGCAAGUUCAGAAGGUUCCAUUCGGAACCGAUCCCAAGACAGUGCUGUGCCAGUUCUUCAAGAAGGGCAACUGCGAAAAGGGCAAGAAGUGCAAGUUUAGUCACGACCUGGCUGUUGAACGCAAGACCGAGAAGAAGAGUUUGUAUACCGACAGCAGAGACCAGGAGAAGACAGAAGAUGAGGAGCGCAAGAAGAAGGACAACAUGGACGACUGGGACGAGACCAAGCUACGAGAAGUCGUCCUGAGCAAGCAUGGAAACCCCAAAACCACAACAGACAAGGUGUGCAAGUACUUUAUCCAGGCUAUCGAAGACCAGAAGUACGGUUGGUUCUGGACAUGUCCAAAUGGCGGAGACAAGUGCUUCUAUAAACAUUCUCUCCCACCCGGCUUCGUCAUCAAGACCAAAGAGCAACGCGCAGCUGAGAAGGCCCUUAUGGCCAACUCCCCACUCAACACUCUCACGCUGGAAGAUUUCCUCGAGUCGGAACGUCAUAAGCUCACCGGAAAACUUACGCCCGUCACACCAGAAACGUUUGCUAAAUGGAAGAAGGAGCGUAUCGACAAGAAGCAGGCCGAAGAAGAGGCUAAGAGGCUCAAGGAGGCCACUGGUAGGGCUAUGUUUGAAAAGGGUGACUGGGCUCAAGACAGCGACGAGGAUAGCAGCGAUGGUGAAGCCGACGACGAAUGGAAUCUGGAAUCCAUGAGGAGAGAGACGGAAGCCGCACGGCAAAGGAAGGAGGAGGAGCGCAUUGCUGCCUCUAUGGAGAACAUGACCGUUUCUUGA